AUGGCCAUGAGAGACAAGAUGCCGGCACCUCUGGAUCUGAGCAGGUCUAAGAUCUUCACUGGGUCCCCGCGCAUGAACCUCAGACGAGCUGCCUCUUACAACAACGACAGGCAUCAUUACGACAAGGCGCCGCUGUCUUCAACAUCAUCCCGCUUCAACUUCAAUCACCUCCUCUUCACUUCGCCUCCGCCAUCACCCAGUCUUCCUGCCCUGGUGCCACGACCGCGAAGGUCACCCACACAUCCUCGGCCAAGCCGGAUGCUCCGCGGCCUCCUUUGGCUCACUUUCUUUCUACUCAUUUUCUACUUCGCUACCAUCACCAUUCGAGGCAAUGUUCCGAUGGGCAUCCCAUACCUCACAAAUGAACAAGAAUUCGAGAUGAUUGGGCAAGACGAUCUACCCGACUUUGCCACCCCGAUCAUCGUUACAGACACGACCGGCAGAUCAAAGUGGACCGUCUCGAUCCCACCGGAUUUCGAAUUUCCACUGGGCGUGGAGGACUAUGGAGAGAUGAUCGGGAAGUGCCGUGAAGUAGCCAGCCGUGUAAGGGAUAUGCGGAACAAGAACCCGCCCCCGUUCCAGACUUCCUUGGGCGGGGCAAGCCCCUCGGACAAGUACUUCAUCGACGUUCCUGACGCCGAGAAGGCUGGUCUUCUUCCAGGACUGGCUGAGAAGACUGUUCAAACCAGUCAUAUCAUUGGGGAAACCGGGGAGUCUGUCGGAAAGAAGGCCGUUUGCGAGAGCACCAUGACCUUUGUGCUCGAGACGGCAGAUGCUGGCUUGGGCAACACUUUGAUGGAACUUUGGCUGUUCUACGGACUUGCUCUCAAGCAGGGAAGGUCCUUCUUCAUCGAUGACUCAAGAUGGGCAUAUGGGAAGUACACCGACAUCUUCCAACCCCCUCCCGUUCCAAACUGUCUUCCUCCUCCACGCCAUCAGAUGCUCCCUUGUCCGAUACAGGCCCGGCACUUGGUAGUUACAUCGGCUACUGCCCGAAGCAUGUGGGCGGACUCCCUCAGCAAGCCCUAUCCCAUGCAGGGAGGCCACGGCGAUUCCUCCGUGCGAGAGCUUUACGACCUUGCAAGAGCUGGCUACGAAGCGCUGUUCAAGCUCAACACGGAAGACGCUAAAUAUGCAGAGGAUCGAAUGAAUCUGUUGGCCCGAAAAACGCGUACACAGGGCUCCUCCCCCAACAACGGUAUGGUCGUUGGCGUGCACGUCCGCCAUGGCGACUGCCACCCCUUGGAAUACCAAUACCGCAGCUCCUACAUCCCCAUCAACGCCUUUACGGACAAGGCGCGACACAUCAUAGAAGUCAGCUACCAGGGGGCUGGCAGGGGUGGUCAAGAUGACGUCCCUGCCCAGGAGCAUUCCCUCAUUGUUAUGGCCUCUGACGACCCCAUGGUUUAUGAGUCGGAGGAGUUCAGGGGUGCUCAUCAGGCGCAGGACCGCAUCCGCCUAGCCGGCAAGCAGGAGGUCCAAAAGGGCAAUCCAAACCCUCGCGUCAUGCACCACUUUGUGGACGAUUCUUUUGGCUGGGAGGGUGGCUUCUUCGCACCCAUGUUCUGGAGUCUAGGGCAGUCUGGCCAGAGCCCAGCCAAAGGAGUUGCAGGGCAGACUAAGAAGCCGCAACCUACAGCAGAUGCGGUACGCCUGCGCAGCUACAUAGGACGCGCGUACAUGCUUGACCUCGCCGUGUUGUCAGGAUCGAGUGACGUUGUCAUUUGCACAGUGAGCGCCAUGGGCUGUCGGCUGUUGGCAGUCAUGAUGGGGUGGGAGCGAGCCAUGGAGAAGGACAAUUGGGUCAAUGUCGACGGAGAUUAUGGAUGGACAGCCCUGUCAUGGUAG